AUGGCCGAGACCGCUCCCGUCGCCGCGCCCGAUGUCGCCGCCGCCGCCCCGGCCCCGGCCAAAGCUCCCGCCGCCAAGAAGCCGAAGAAGGCGGCGAGCGGCUCCAAAGCCCGCAAGCCCGCGGGGCCCAGCGUCACCGAGCUGAUCACCAAGGCCGUGUCCGCCUCCAAGGAGCGCAAGGGGCUCUCCCUCGCCGCGCUCAAGAAGGCGCUGGCCGCCGGCGGCUACGAUGUGGAGAAGAGUAACAGCCGCAUCAAGCUGGGUAUCAAGAGCCUCGUUAGCAAGGGCGUCCUGGUGCAGACCAAGGGCACCGGCGCCUCCGGCUCCUUCCGUCUCAGCAAGAAACCCGGAGAAGCAAAAGAAAAAGCCCCCAAGAAAAAAACUGCUGCAGCCAAGCCCAAGAAGCCAGCGGCGAAGAAGCCCGCCAGCGCCGCCAAAAAGCCGAAGAAGCCGGUGACAGCGAAAAAGAGCCCCAAAAAAGCCAAGAAGCCGGCGGCCGCCGCAGCCAAGAAAGCAGCGAAGAGCCCCAAGAAGGUGACAAAGGCUGCAAAACCCAAAAAAGCGGCGGCAGCAGCAAAGAGCCCGGCUAAGGCGAAAGCGGUGAAGCCCAAAGCAGCUAAGCCCAAGGCAGCUAAGCCCAAAGCGGCCAAGGCAAAGAAGGCAGCACCCAAGAAAAAAUAAAUGGUGCAGAAAAAAUUCCUAUCUGCCUUGCAGAUAAACCCAACGGCUCUUUUAAGAGCCACCCAAGUUUUCACAAAAAGAGCUGAAACUCUUUAAGUUUUUAAUAUUUUUUUCGUGUUAUCCAUGCGCAAUUAAAACCUUUUUUUUUUUUUUUCCUCUGCUUUUAGGUGGACCCGGCAACUUCCCUGCGGUCUUGCUCUUCGCCGAUGCAGAGCAGCAGCAGCGCAGAGCUCACGGCGGCGCAUCUCAUUUAAGUAAAUAAUCCCCGAGCGUUCGUUGCGGGAAAUCGGUGCUGCCUGGAGCUCCUCGGGGUAGUGAGAGGCACCGCUCAAGGCGCCUCGGCUCUUCGGAGGGAGGGUUGGGGGAUGGGGAUGCUGCGGCUCCCCGUAGUUCAACUCCUGUCAGCCGGGAGGCGGAGAGCUGCGCAGGAAAGAGCCUCGCACCGCCCCCAGAGCCCGGCAGAUUUCGAAAAGCCCGCGCUCCGCAAACAUUGGCCGUCGCUCUCGGGUUUUCUAAUGCCCAGCAAUUUUCGGGUUAAAGAGGGGCUCCACCUUUCUCUACAUUUACCUGACGGAAGAGGCUUACGAACUCCCUGGUAGGUUUGUACCGCCUCUCCCACCUCCCUCAUCCCUUCGGCCUUUUCACUUCCCGUCCAGUUUUGUACCCGCUCUGGAAACCGUAGGGCCAGCGGGGUCCGAGAAGUUCGAGGUUUCGAGCUGCCUUGCUGCUGCCCGCAGUCCUCCGCUUCGGUGCUCAAACUCUCGCUCACUGGAGCUGCCGCGCUCAGUUCUUUCCCGGGUGUUGAUUUUUGAGCAAUUCGAACCAUAAAAACUUGGUAUUUUCUGCACAUGUAACAGCUCUGGUCACUGGCAACUCUCCCGUCUCUGUUUAAAGGAUGCAGUGCACACUUUUCACUGUGAUUGCUCUGUGAGGAAGUGGUUUACGCUUGUGCACUGCUGGCCCUGCAGAUGCCAUCUGAUCUCAGCUGUGGGAGAGCUGUGCACAGCUCCAGACUGAUUCUGCCUCAGAAACACCUUAUGUGGAAUUACCAAGUCACUGACAUGGUGUCUGUCUGUCUGUCCCUCAGGACCCCACAUCACCUUCAGUAGGUUUCUCUAGCUAAUAAGCAGAUUCCUAUUCUGGACAUAAGAAAAGCUGAUAUCCUAAGAAAAACUCAGGGGUUACUGCUUUGCUGUCAUGGCACAAGUUCCUUGAUAACCUACUGGACUGAGGUUCAGUUGUGUGAUUUAUGAUUGCAGUGAAGAGGGAACACAUCUCACUCUUCUAUGACAUAUUUUUUGGACAUAUGGUCAUUAUUUUUUUUUCAUUAAGCAUGUUAAGAUGCCUCAUGAUACUGGCAAAAGAAAGAAAAUAUAUGAGCUCUGCUCAGUAUUUUCUAAGGUGUGUUUAGUGUCUGGUCAUACUUUGACAAAAACCAAAAGGAUAUACUAUAUGAUUAAAUGCUAAUCUGCCCCAAAGUUAGAAGGAAGGUAAACACAUAAACCGCAAGUGUUCAGUACUGCAAUUUAUUACAAGGAAGACCUGGUUUCAUUUGUUUUCUCUUCCACAGGGUCAGCUGUUUAUUUCACAGAUUUACUUAGUAAAUGUCAAUAUCAAAAGUCUGUGAUGUUCCAAUAAUGCCAAAUGAACCACUGAUUUAGAUCAAGGCCUACAUAUAGCAGAACAGAUGUAAGAACCUGUCAAAAUCACUUUCUACCGAUGAACGCUUUUUUAUGAUGGGAGUUACAGAAUUUUUCAUCAGCAUUAGUCACCACAAAGGCCAAUUGCCUGUCAGAUUACCACAAAACCAGGUACUUUUCAAAUAUAUGUUUCUCCAUGUGUUCAUUCUCUCUUAGUGGGUUAUGUUAUUCCUGUACUUCUUGUGUAUGUCUUUUAUGGCAGUUAUUGUCAGAUGAAAGAGUUUAUUCUGCCUGGCCUCAUCAUGUCUUUGAAAAACAAUAAAAAAGUCUCCCUUAAUGAUUCAAGUCUUAAAAAGCAUCAGAGGUGGAGUUUUAUUGCAAGUGAAACUAUUCCACUAAUUAAUUAAGAAAUCUUCUGUUUGGUAGAGAAAAUUAGAAGCUAGACUUCCAUAAAAAGCAAACGGUGUUAGUUCAGGCAAGAUGUUUAAAAUUUAUUCUGGAAACAGUGUUGAUAAGACAGGGAUGUUUUAGUUAUUGCUGAGCAGUGCUUACACAGAUCCAAGGCCUUUUCUGCUUCUCACACCACCUCACCCAUGAGGACUCUCAGAGUGCACAGGGAGCUGGGAGGGGACACAGCCAGGACAGAUGAUCCCAAUACCAAUAUCCCAGAAGGGAUAUUCCACAUAAUACAGUUUCAUGCACAGCAGAUAAAGUUGUGGGAAAGAAGAAGGGAGUAUUCCGGUGAUGGCUUUUAUCUUCCCAAGUCACCAUUAGGUGUGACAGAGCCCUGCUAUCCUGGAGGUGGCUGAACACCUGCCCGCCAUGGGAAGUGAUGAAUUAAUUCCUUGUUUUCCUUUGUUUGCAUGCAUGGCUUUUGCUUCACCAAUUAAACUGUCUUUAUCUCAAGCCACAAAGUUUUUUCACUUUUCUGAUUUUCUCCCCCAUCUCUGAGAAUGAGUGAGGGAGCAGCUGCACAGUGCUUAGUUGCUGGCUGGGGUUAAACCAUGACAGCUGAAUUAAGCAGAAAAAAAGUUCUUCCUAUUAUCCUGGGCUAAAUAAAUUGUAAAAUGGAAGUUAUGUACAUUUCAAGACUAAGUUUACAGGUUCUCAAAAGGGAGAAACUCUUUUCAGUUCUGAAACUCCUACAAUAUAUGGGCAGGAAGUUGGGGACAGCCAGAUGUGGAGUCUGGAAGAGUGCAACAUAAAUAGCCUUAACACCAGACCUGUUCUCUGCUGCUUGCAUGUCAGUACAGAUUUGAACCAGCUUGAAUUUGGGUACAGAGCCACUUUUCAACUAGACACCUUUGACGCAGUAAGAUUGCACAACAGAGUUUUCCUUCCACAAGUUUCUUUUUUACUGUCUAGAUCACAAUGCAUGCAGUGUUCUGCUGGACACAGGGUUAUCAAAUACUUUUUUUCUGUGAGAAUUUGAGAUUUCUCCUCUACAUAACAUAUUGUCAAAGCAUAAUGAAGUAAUCCAUGUGACUCCUCCUGGAAUCUCCAUUCACUCUCCAUACUCAGUUUUGGACAAUUAUUUAUAGAUUCGGAGUUAAGUUGCAUUCUGACUUUCAUUUUGCACAUAUUGUUUGGUUGAUCUGUUUGCACUUCCAUUGCCAUAUGAGUUUUGCUUAUCAGUACUGCAUUAACUGCUGAGACAUCAGUGAAACCUCAGUGACUGCAGGAUUCUUUUUUCAAUUAUUUCAGGAUUGAGCUGCCAGCAGUUAUGGAAGAAUUGAAAUGUAAAAAAAUAAUAAUGUUUUGUAAAUAAUGUAAAAAUGGCUUACAUCAAGCAUUGAAACUUGAUCUAGUAAAAGAAGUCCUUGCCUACAGCACAGAGGUGUGAAAUAACAAGCAAGGGCCAAGGCAAGGGCUGUAGCUCACUGCCUGUGGCCUGCACUGUACCUCCUGUUAUCUGGGCACAUUGGAAGAUGCCUUGUUGAUGUCAAGAGAGAAUGAUGGGGCUGAAGGUGAAGAUAGGAUGGUCACGCUUUGGCUCUGAGGAACAGCACAAAUGGAACAAAGUCAUGAUCUGAACAUUGAAGGACACAGCAAGACAAGUAACUUUUGCCCAGUAAAGUCAGUUAUAUGUUAAAUUGCAUGCUACUGCUUACAUUAAUAACUUUUAUGUAGUAUGUGCGACCACAUAUGUGACUAUUUUACUCAGUUCUCCACCUAGAUCAUGUCAUACAAAAGAGGGAGAGCGGGAUAAGAUUAUGUUUUGUAUAAGGAGGGUAGAAAUUUAACCUCUUUGGGAGGAAGACAAACAGACCUUGGAGAUAGUCAACAGGCUACUCUCCUCUCCCUCCUCCCAGUUGGGCAGAGCUUCUUGGUAAACUUAAUCACAUAAUAAUAGCAAUAAUAAUAAUAAUAAUAAUAAUAAUAAUAAUAAU